GCGUACAAAGCCCUUCCUGUACCCUCGCUCCCUCGCCACUGUAUCCAGAGAUGUGCCUUUGUGCAGCGUUAUGACGCGACCCUGAUGGCCGCGCGGCAGCAGCAGCAGCAGCCCUAACGCUCAGCGCUCGGACGGGACCAGGGCAGCCGCUUGUUUCACACACACACACACACACACACACACAAUGCGUCCCGGACUGGCGGGUCUGGCGGUGGAGAUGCUGAGCGGUGCGACCUGCAGGGCCAGGCCGAGGCUCGGCAGCCUCCUGCUCCCGGUCAACAAAACAGCGCCGCCGUCGCCGACGACGACGACGACGUCCAUCACCGCCACCGCCGCGGGGAGCCGCCGAUUCCGGUCCACGUCCUCGGUGCAGGGCUUCUCGGAGCUGGCGAGGGAGCGCUCCAAGUCCGUCACGUCGUUCUACAACCAGUCCGCGAUCGACGUGUCCGCGGAGAAGGCCUCAGUACGGCUGACAUUAGCGACCCUGCUGUAUUCUGGGAAGUCUCCCGAUGGACACCACGUCUUGAGCAGUGCCAAGUACCUCCACAAAGAGCUGCCUGUACGAAUCGCUCAUCGCAUCAAGGGCUUCCGUAACUUGCCCUUCAUCAUCGGUUGCAACCCCACCAUCCUCCAAGUGCAUGAACUGUACAUCAGAGCGUACCACAUGGUCAGUGACUUCCCCACGAUCAAAGAUCAGGACGUGGAGGCUCAAUUCUGUAAACUGGUGCAGCAGCUGCUGGACGACCACAAAGACGUGGUGACCAUGUUGGCCCAGGGCUUCAGGGAGUGUCGCCGACACAUCCAGGAUGAGACAAUUAUCCGCAGCUUCCUGGACACGACGCUGUGCUCUCGUCUGGGAAUCCGAAUGUUGGCCACGCACCAUCUCGCCCUCCACGAAGAUAAUCCCGAUUUUGUCGGGAUGAUUUGCAGGCGCCUCUCUCCCAAAAAGAUCAUCGAGAAGUGGGUGGACUUUGCCAGACGUCUGUGUGAGCACCAGUAUGGAAACUCGCCGCGGGUGAGGAUCAACGGACACGUAGCCGCCCGCUUCCCCUUCAUCCCCCUGCCGCUGGACUACAUCCUGCCCGAGCUCCUCAAGAACGCCAUGAGGGCCACCAUGGAAAGCCACCUGGACACGCCGUACAACGUCCCCGACGUGGUCGUCACCAUCGCCAAUAAUGACCUCGAUUUCGUCAUCAGGAUUUCGGACCGCGGCGGCGGCAUCCCGCACAACAUCAUCGACAAGGUGAUGGACUACCACUUCAGCACGGCCGAGGAGAGCGCCCAGGACCCGCGCAUGAGCAACUUCUUCAACAACAUUACCAACAGCGGAAACCAGUCCAGCCCCAUGCACGGGUUCGGCUUCGGCCUGCCCACGUCCCGGGCGUACGCCGAGUACCUGGGCGGCUCCCUGUCCAUACAGUCCAUGCAGGGCAUCGGCACCGACGUCUACCUGCGCCUGCGCCACAUCGACGGCAAAGGGGAGAGCUUCAGAGUGUAACGGCGCCCUGCUCGUCAUCCCCUGCGGAUCAUCCCCUGUGGAUCAUCCCCUGUGGAUCAUCCCAACCCCAGGAAUCAGGGCCAUGCAGGGAGAGCACGAGGUGUUUUUUCUUUUUCUUCUCCCCAGCAGGGAAGGCUGGCAAGGACUUCAGGACUUUGGUCCACAGAACGGAGCCUACACAGUAUGUUGUCAAAAAGCUCCCGAAUUUCACCAAACCCACUAUUUGUUUCUUCUUCUUCUUCUUCUUCUUCUUCUUCUAUUUCGCCUUAGACUGAUUAUAAGCUAUGUUAGCUGUCAAGUUGAUUUCAUUUCAUUUCCUUUUGUGUUUUUUUGUUUCGUGCCCCCUGGGGCUUGUUGUCGUGACGUUUUGAAGGGGGGGGGGGGGGGUAUGAACUUUUGAAUGUGUCAGUUAAUGGGACAAACUGUGCAUGAUGGUGAUGUUAAGUAGAGGGGGAGAAAACAAAUGAAGAAGAGCUUCACUUUUCACUGUGAAGUAACUUGUUGAAUAGCCUCAAAAAAGAAAGGAACGGACGUUUUGAUGGAUUCAUGUUUCAAAUGAAUCUUCUGACACACUCCAGCCGACCCCCGUCCGUCACGAUCCGCCUCGACGUGUUCAAAGCUGGUCGCGACGGUCCGCAGUUUGAUUCGAUAGAUUUCGACAAAACCCUCAGCAAUAUCCUACAAGACCGUCUCCUGAUCAACGCAGGGGAAACUGCCAAAAAACACAGAAAGCUCGUUAACAGGCUUCUCUGUCUCGUUCUGUUUUGUGUGUGUGUGUGUGUGUGUGUGUGUGUGUGUGUGUGUGUGUGUGUGUGUGUGUGUGUGUGUGUGUGUGUGUGUGUGUGUGUGUGUGUGUGUGUGUGUGUGUGUGUGUGUGUGUGUGUGUGUGUGUGUGUGUGUGUGUGUGUGUGUGUGUGUGUGUGUGUGUGUGUGUGUGUGUGUGUGUGUGUGCAGUUGCCUUAGCGGUGAGACGCUUCAUCAAAAUGCUUUUACUUUGUACUUGUUUGCUUCUUUUUCUUUCUCCUCUUCUUCUUUGUUGCCUUUUAUUGGUCCACGCAAGCCGCCCGCCGCCGCGUCAGUCCGUUUCAUUAGUUUGACGCCUGGCGGUUUUUGCUUUUUGCACAAUGACUAGAUUUCAUUGUUAACGUCACGUAAAGUUCUCAACACUUGCACCGAUCAUUAGUCUUUUACCGUCAGAGUAACAAUAUGCCGGGGAAGUAUUAUUGUGAUGUCGUCUUUCUUUUGUUGUGUUUUUUUGUCUCUGAAUUUAGAUUUUGUUUGGAAAGGGUCAUUUAUGUUUCAAGUGUGCUGUUAAAAAAAGAAAAGCAAAAGAUUUUGUGUAAGAUGACGUUUCAGAAUGGGUCGGCCACGGGGUUUCUGCAGGUGUGUUCACGACGAGCGCAAAUUUAGUUUGUUUCACACUACACGCGAGGAACACAAGGAGAUAUUUCGAAGGGAUCUCAACGCUGAUUGGCUUUUCGCGACAUUGCGUCACUAGAUGUUUCACCUCGCGUCUUUGCAUUAAAGUCAUACGUGUUUGGUGGGAACGCAACAUCACACCCGGGAGACGAGGUCACGCUACGGUUGCUGAUACUUUUAAUUGCCUCCAUCACGACUUGAUCAUGUUGUAACUCCAAAACUGAUUCCACAUAAAAUGUAAUGUAACGUGAAUAAAUCAGCUGACAGUAUCAUGACCCAUAAGACGACAAAUUGCCACAUCUAAUGUGUAUUUUGUAUAUAUCAUUUUAUGAUUUUUGCCCCACAAAAACAACAAGAAAAAUAUUACAGGUCCCUUACAAGUUGUUUUUGGGACGCCAGGCAAACAUAAGCGUUUAGGUUUUUUUGUCUCAUCUUUUCAAAAUAGCGUUUAAAUCUGAAUUUUAUCUUUAACAAUUUUCUUGGGAUGUCACCCUGAAAGGUUUUCGUCAUCUCAGCGACCUCGUGGUCUAAUCCAAGUCGUUCCUCUCGACCUGGAGACAAGCAGGCGGGUUUCACAGAAACAUCUCGAUCGUUUGUGGUGAUUAAAAAAAAAAAAAAAAGAAAGAAAGAAAAUUGAUCAAAUCAAGUUGUCAUCUCCUUAAAAUAUUAGCAACCCUGGCCUCUGAGUUUCCCGUUCCAAGUUAUAUGUAUCAAAUAACGGCCUGAUGCCACGUUUACACUUCAGGGUCAUCUCUUCUCUGGGAGCGCGUGUCGUUUUACUGUUAUCUUCAUAUAUUUGAGGGGAACAUUGUUGGGAAUCUUAGAACGUGGGGGGAACAUCUAUGAACGUUGUAAAUCAUCAUGAGUUGGUAUUAGAAAGAAGUUUGUUCUUCUUGGCUCAAUCAUUCUAGAGCUGAACCGUAAAAAGCUGUAGAAUCACAUAUAUUUAGCAGAGAGAAAAUAUGAACACAAAUAUGCAUCUUACAAAUCAAGUAACCGGUUCUAUUUGGGGGGAUUUGCGCAUGAAAUGUCUUGUCGCUUUUUUUUCUAUUCCACUGAGUUUCACAUUUACAAAUGUGACUCGAAUUAAAAUGAGAUUUUUUUUUUUUAAUCUUGUGGGAGGCUUUGUGAGAAAACUCAAAAUGUGAACCGGUUGUUUUAAGUUGUAAGAUGUCAGAGACACAAUCGGAUUGAACUUGUGAAAUCUUUAUUUUGCCAAUUUUUGUAUGGAAACAAAAGUAGCCCCUGGCUUAUCAGCUGUAUGACCCGUGUCCCUGCUGAGGCCGUGUAUAUGAAUUAUAUGAAUGGUUCUUGAAGAUGUAUUUGAUUAUGCAUGUGAAGCCGGAGGGGGGGGGGGGGGGGGGGUGAGCUCAUCCGCAUCAUUCAGGAGAUGUUCUUUUAUUCCACGAGGCUGCAUGUAAAACUUUUUAAAAGUGGCUUGUGAAUUCUGGAUUUUGGUCAUCAGGCUGUGGCUAAGAAGAGAAAGAGAAAACGUGCACUGUCUGCCCUCUGCUGGCUCAAAAAGAAAAGUGUACGUGGACUGAAAACAUAUUGUUAUUGACAGGGGGGGGAAUAUUAAGAGCGAUCGCAUCCACUGCCUGGAUUCAUCGUUACUGACCUAAACACACUGCCAUGGACAGUUUUGUCUCCUCGACUGAAAUGAGCUUCUCCCACAUGUUUUUUUUCUGUUCCCGUGGAGGGAACUCUGUGUAGACAUUAAAUUUUAAUUUGAUUGGA